AUGGCGUUCCAAGUACAUUUAGAAAUCGUCGGCUUAAUGAAAACACAGCAUUUUCAAAUGGCUAAAAGCAUUGCGGAGGGACUGAAACUUAAAUUUCCAUCUUCAUUUGCUGACCCAACCAUUCAGCCUUUACUGGAGUGUGACUGGAAAGUCUUUGUGUCUAAUAAAAGAAAGGAACUUGGAGGGGAGACGUGGCAGUACUCUGGUAAUGUGAUGUGCUUUAUGGAGGGCUGUUUACUUGGAGAUGAGAAGGAUCUGUGCAGAUAUGCAGAGAAGCAGUGGCACUUCAAAUUCCACAGGCCACGGGCGCUGUAUGCAGCUCUGGCUGAGGAGUAUUACAUCAAUCACCUGCACAGCACAGGGCAUGUGUUUGUGUAUAUGGAUGUUGAGAUAGGAGGAGAUGUAGCUGGCCGAAUUCUAUUUGAGCUCUUUACAGACCUGUGUCCAAAAACAUGCCAAAACUUUAAAGCACUGUGCACUGGAGAGGCAGACACCUCUCAGAAUGAACUACCGCUUAGCUACAAGGGGUCUUUGUUCCACAGAGUGGUGCCUAACGGCUGGGUGCAGGGAGGAGAUAUUAGUUCUUUAAGCAAAGGCGAUGGUGGAGAAUCCAUCUAUGGUCCAACAUUUGAAGAUGAGAGUUUUUCUGUGUCUCACAACAAACGAGGUAUUCUGGGAAUGGCUAAUCAAGGUCCUCACAGUAACGGCUCUCAGUUCUACAUCACACUACAGCCGGCCCCAUGGAUGGACAGAAAAUAUGUGGCUUUUGGGCAAGUUGUUGAAGGCACAGAGGUCCUUACAAGACUUGAGGAAGUGUCCACUUAUAACGAAAGGCCCAAACAGGACUGCCGGGUGGCUGCGUGUGGAUUGUUUCAGCUUUGACUGGAAUUUUAUAA